AGAUAUUUUCUCAAGUCGCCCGAGAUUUGUCGUCAUGGGCGAUGCGAUUAAUGCGACUGAGACUAGUCUGACGAAUCUGGAAUACGGGGACAGGUGGAGAUUGCAUAGGAGACUUAUGCAUACCGCGGUCGGCACCCAAGCAGUUCGAAACUAUCGUGAUUUCCAAGCGGCUGAAUCGGCACUUCUGAUCCGUGACUUUUUCCUCGAUUCAAACGACUUCGAACUGUCGAUUGAACGGUACUCAGUCUCCGUAGCAUCCAUCAUCGGCUGGGGACGACGCAUCGACCGAAAGAAUGACUACGUUGCACAGCUGGCACUGGCCUUCAUGGAAGCCGUAGACUAUGUGAUCCCUGGUGUAUUCAUCAUGGAAGCAAUCCCCUUGCUCCUCCAUGCCCCGGCAUGGCUCUACGAACUCCCCUCCAAACUGCGUUCGGGAUCCGCGACAAUGUCACGCUACUUCUAUCUUCUCACCCAAGAAGGCGCCGAAGCCAAACGCGACAACUUUGCAAAAUACGUGCUAGAAGCACAGCACAAGCACCACCUUUCGGACGUUGAAGCCGCCGGCCUAACCAGCCUCAUCAUCGGCGGCGGCGUCGACACAACCAGCAGCACAAUGCUCUCCUGCAUCCUCGCCAUGGCCUACUUCCCCCGCAUCCAAGCCAAAGCCCACGCAGAAAUGGACGCAGUAAUCGGUCACGAUCGCUCCCCAAGCUGGACCGACAUCGACGCCCAAAAAAUCCCCUACCUUAUUGCCCUCGUCAAAGAAACCCUCCGCUGGCGCACCGUCACCGUCCUCGCAGGAAUCCCCCACGCAAACACCAAACCCGUCGACUACAACGGCUACCACUUCCCCGCCGGCACAAACUUCACCGCCAACCUCUGGGCCAUCCACCGGCACCCACGCGACUUCCCCGACCCCGAUAACUUUCUCCCUGAGCGGUUUUUAGAUGGCGAGGGCAGUGCAAAGAUGCCGUAUCCGAAUAAAUACGGUAUGAAUCCGUUUGGAUGGGGGCGACGCCGAUGUAGCGGACAACCGCUUGCAGAGCAAGGAUUACUAUAUUCAAUGGCGAGAAUGAUAUGGGCGUUUGACAUCUUACCUGGGUUGGAUGAGAAUGGAAAUCAAGUCAAGCUUGAUAUCUUUGCCUAUACGAAGAGCGAGAACAUGCGGCCUGAGCCGUUCAAGGUGAGGUUUGUACCGAGGUCGGAGAGGAUUAAGGAGGUUAUGCUGCAGGAGGCUGCGGAGGCGAGGGAGGCGCUGAGGUUUUAUGACGGGGAGACCAAGGUUACGGUUGAGAAGGCGCUGGAGAGUCCUGUUACUGUUUGAAUGGCUGUUUCUUUUUCCCUCUUGAAUGGUGUGGGCAGGAAAAUGGAUGCUUUGGAAGAGGGAGUGGACCGGACUUGGAAUACCAUAUUCUUAC